AUGGCCCGCUCAUCAAUAGGCCUGUCUCACAGUGCCCACCUUGUGGUUGCUGACCGGCAAAUGGGUGGCCGAUCAACAUUUCAGCCAAGGUCCCUUGUAGCGCAUCAACGCAAACGAAAACGAGCGCUUCAAGAGGCAGAUCAAGAUUUACAGUCACAGAGACUCAAUGAAUUGUGGCCGACAUACGUACCAAAGUCCACUCCGAAGAACCAGACAGAGCCUUCCAACAGUCCGACGCUUGAUGACAUGCAAGACAAUGAGAUGGAAUGGGAGACUUUACCAAAUGAGUUAAAUGGUGAUCAGCUCUUCUUGCACAUGUGGUUUCACUGGCAGCGCCUUCUCCCGGACCUUACCGACGCCCUCAUCAGGUGGAAGAAUGCCUUGCCAAUGGAGCAAUCCUCAUCUGAAGACGAUUCGACCACCAACAAAGACUUUGAUGUAUUCAUCAUUGAUCUCUACACCCUUGAACACACCACCACCAUCCACUGGACGCCUGAUACUGAGGCUGCUGUUGCCCUCGUGCGGAAUGGAUACAUUGGUGCCUCUCCUCAGGCCCCCACCCUUGCCAUCUCCCUGAAGACGUUGGAACUCUAUCACCGGCUACAUCUACAGAAGCCCUUGUUCAGCUAUGAGGCGUUUACAAAGGUCCUUUGUGACCUAUACAAUGUAUAG